AUGAUCUUGACUGUGUUAUCGGAAGCGAUCAAUGCCGAUGGUUUAUCCACGAGUAGAUUACGUGGCCCUCAUCUCGCACGUCUCGAGCUUAUUGGGAGAUUUCAUAAAGAAGAGGAGGCUGUUCGUAAUCUUCUAGAUAGAAUGAAAUUAGGUGAUGUCGUCGAUUUGAUGAUAAAUUACAUUCUGAGGUUUUAUGCGAAACCUUGUUGCUAUAAUGACAUAGUUCAGUAUCUGUGGUUGUUGGAUGAUGAUGGUAAAGAAGAGCUUAUUGACGGAUUAAACGAAUUUAUCGACAGUGUGAUUCACCAAAGAGAGCAAGCAGGAGAAGACAGUGAUGCUAACUGCUGGGCCGUGAUUAUAAAUGAGAGGCUUCGACGAACAACUGGAAACAUAGACAAGAUGUUCCGAGAGGAUAGACGAAGACAUGUUCAGCUUAUCGUUCGUGGAAUUAUGGAGCCUAAUCGGCAACAGUUGGCGGGAACAGCAUUAGCUCAAUUGGCUGCUGCCAUUCUUUGGAACGAGUGGAAAGUGCAUGAUGAUUGGCAAUCCUUUUAUGAGCUGAUACUUCUUCUGGAGUGGACAUCAAAUGAGUACCCUACGGAUCCCUUUUGCAAGCUUGUUCUUUGUCGGGCUUAUGCUCACAUUGGUUGUAUGUACCGCUUGGUGGCACUGACUCGGUCGCUUGAUAUAAAAUCUGUGCAACGAGACACUCUUGGAUAUAUAAUGUUUCCAAUGCCAGAACUUUGUGGCAGGUUCAACGUUGGAAUCGUUCAUUACACAGAAAUGGUCGAAGUUUAUGAACAAGCAGAAAAAGAGUUUGUGGCUUCAAAUGAGAUGCAUCGCUAUCUAUCAGCCUUGUUUGCUAUUGAGAACAUUGAUGAAGCUGUUAAUACACUGCAUGGUAACGACGAUACUAUUGAAUGGGAUUCCUUGUGCGACAAUCGUGAUCUCGGUGUAGUACCGUCUUUUGAGAGGAAUGCAAAGCAAGAACUAGAUGAUCUUAGGAAGAGUACACAAGCUGAAUUUGUAGAUUUAACGCGACUGAGACACUACAUUUCCCAAGCACUUGGCUCUGCUGGAGGAGCCAAUGGAGCUGGCAUAGAUGAAUUGGGUGCAGAUUUGACUCUUUUGCGACUGUAUCUCAGAUAUUGUCGGGAGUCUUAUUCGUUGGAUAUUCCUUAUAGCCGAGUAAUGCAGUCACCAAGUGCAGUGUAUUUGGGACACUUCGUACAUGGUGGUUUCCUCGAUCCUAUUGUGGAUCUUCUCCAGUCGGUUUUAGAUCUGGGUGGAUCGAAAAAAGCGGGUGAAAUUCCGUCUUCGACAACUCUUUCAAUACUUCCAACGGUGGAACAUAUGGAAAAUCAAUGGACAGCGAUGUUGCCUCCGUUUGAGCCAAAGAUCACUCCUUUCUUCAUGCAAGAUGAGAUCAUCACAUGCUCAAGGGCCUUGCAAUCAUUGGCUGCUUGUCAGCUUUUGAUUAGAAUAUUAGAAAGGUGUGGCUCAUGUCGAUUUCCGGAAAACGCUUCGAAGAAAGGGAAAUCUACGGUACCAGCAAAGAAUGAUUUUACUACGCAUUGUGAAGCACUCCAAGCAGCUUUACGCAACUCUGCUUUGCGUUUGAAAUUACGAUUAGAUGAAAUGGAAGAUGUGCUCAAGGAAAAUUCCUACAGCUUAAUGCCAAAAAUUGGGACUGAUUGGAAUGAAGAACUAUACGAUUUAUUUACCACACAGAAUUUAGUCGUAUCUGAUCGGGUAUACAAAUCUUACUUCAACUCGUUAUGUUUUCUUUUGUUUUUUCUUGCGAUUCCUAACUUCACUCGUGAAGUACAAGUAUUACUGAUUAGCGAACUCGGCGAGAAAGAGUUUAUUUGUAAUCGCAUCUAA